CGGGAGCCCGCCGCGGAGGAGGGGCGGCCGGGCGCGAGCCGCUGCGUACCGCCGCGCCGGUGCGGGGCCCGCGGGGCUAGAACGCCGCAAGCGGUGAGUCCCCGCCGCUCCCGCUCCCGGGGAACCGUAACGGAGAUGCCUACUUAGAAGAGUGACAGCAGCUGUGCUACAUGUUUCAGUGCUGAACUAGUUCCUCAGGUAUCCUGGCUCUGGAAAUUGCUAUGGGAGAUUGGAUAGCUGUUACAGAUCCAGGUCUGCCUGCAGAAAGCAAAAAUAACUCUCAAUAUACCUCAGAAACAAAGAUGUCUCCAUCAAGUUUAUACUCACAGCAAGUGCUCUGUUCUUCAAUACCUUUAUCAAAAAAUGUGCACAGUUUUUUCAGUGCCUUCUGCACAGAAGAAAAUAUUGAGCAAAGUAUUUCCUAUCUUGAUCAGGAAUUGACCACUUUUGGUUUUCCUUCAUUAUAUGAAGAACCCAAAAGUAAAGAGACAAAGAGAGAAUUAAAUAUAGUUGCUGUUUUAAAUUGUAUGAAUGAGCUACUUGUACUUCAGCGGAAGAACCUUUUAGCUCAGGAAAAUGUGGAAACACAGAAUUUGAAACUGGGAAGUGAUAUGGACCAUCUGCAGAACUGCUAUACAAAACUUAAGGAACAACUGGAAACUUCCAGGAGGGAGAUGAUUGGCCUUCAGGAGAGAGACAGACAGUUACAGUGCAAGAACAAGAAUUUGCAUCAGCUACUGAAAAAUGAGAAAGAUGAGGUACAAAAAUUACAAAAUAUCAUUGCAAGUCGAGCUACUCAGUAUAAUCAUGACAUGAAGAGAAAAGAACGUGAAUAUAAUAAACUAAAGGAACGCCUGCAUCAGCUUGUUAUGAACAAGAAAGAUAAAAAAAUAGCCAUGGAUGUUUUAAAUUAUGUGGGGAGAGCUGAUGGAAAAAGAGGCUCCUGGAGGACUGAUAAAACCGAAGCCAAGAAUGAAGAUGAAAUGUAUAAAAUUCUCCUCAAUGAUUAUGAGUAUCGUCAGAAGCAAAUCCUAAUGGAAAAUGCUGACCUUAAAAAAGUUCUUCAGCAAAUGAAAAAGGAAAUGAUCUCACUUCUUUCUCCCCAAAAAAAGAAACCUAGAGAAAGAGCAGAGGAUAGCACAGGAACUGCUAUCUCUGAUAUUGAAGAAGAUGCCGGGGAACUCAGCCGAGAGAGUGUAUGGGAUCUUUCCUGUGAAACUGUGAGAGAACAGCUUACCAACAGCAUCAGAAAACAGUGGAGAAUUUUGAAAAGUCAUGUAGAAAAACUUGAUAACCAAGUUUCAAAGGUACACGUGGAAGGCUUUAAUGAUGAAGAUGUAAUCUCACGACAAGACCAUGAACAAGAAACUGAGAAACUGGAGUUAGAAAUUCAGCAAUGUAAAGAGAUGAUUAAAACACAGCAGCAACUUUUACAGCAGCAGCUCGCAACUGCGUGUGACGAUGACACCACUUCUCUGCUGCAAGACUGUUACCUCCUGGAGGAAAAAGAGCGCCUCAAAGAAGAGUGGUCACUUUUUAAAGAGCAAAAGAAGAAUUUUGAGAGAGAAAGACGGAGCUUUACAGAAGCUGCUAUUCGCCUGGGAUUGGAGAGAAAGGCAUUUGAAGAAGAAAGAGCCAGUUGGCUAAAGCAGCAGUUCUUAAAUAUGACUACCUUUGACCACCAGAACUCAGAAAGUGUGAAACUUUUCAGUGCCUUCUCAGGAACUUCUGAUCCAGACAAUCUUAUAGUGCCCUCAAGGCCACAGCAAAAGAAGCCUCUUGGCAUAUCUAAUGGGUCUCCAGUUUGCACAUCUAAGCUGACUCGGUCUCUUCCUGCUUCACCUUGUACUUCAGUCUUCUGUCAGACUGCACGUUCCUGUACAUCUGAACAUAGUUCAAUCAAUGUACUGAAUAUAACUUCUGAGGAAACUAAACCAAAUCAGGUCGGGAAAGAAUGUACCAACCAGAAAUGGAGUGUGGCCUCGAGACCUGGCUCUCAGGAAGGUUGUUACAGUAGCUGCUCCUUGACCUAUACAAGUUCUCAUGUGGAAAAAGACGACCUACCUUAGAUGAGUGCGCUGGAAUAGUUUCCAUUAAGAUGUGCAUCCAGUUUCACAUCUAAGUUGGAACAGGGUGUGUCAUAAAGCCAGUCAUCUCUAAUACUUUUAAGAUGUCUGAGUUGUUUGUUUGGAGUUCCCUGUCUUUCCCCAAAGAGCUGAGAUUCAAAAUCUAUUGAAAAGGAUAUAAAGCUUUGGCUAUGUAUUUUUAAAAACAGAAGUGUCUGGUUCUGUGAAUAAAAGAAUGUAUGGAUGUUUGGAUGGAGACAAAAGCACUAGAAUGAGAUUUCUAGGGAUUUCAAAUAGCACUUUUAGGAAACUGAUUAUUGUAAAUGUUUAAUUUCUGUCCCAAAUACAGUUGGCAUUGGAAAUUUAGCCUUUACUUGAAUGUAUACUGUAGAUUUUUAACAAAGCAAGUUCUAUAUUUAUUAUGUUUAGUGUGAUUUUGGAAUUACCUCUUUCAUAUGUUUUAAAUAAAGUGAAAUUUAUGUAUGUUUUGUACAUAGAUAUACACAAUUAUGUUAAGAGGCUUUAAGAUGUAAAAAAUUCACACAACCAGAAAUAUAGUAUUUCAUGCCAAUAAAAUUUUUAGUGGUAUUCUGUUUACAAAAUCAUCAGGACUAAUCCCACAUUACCUUUAAGAUUCUUUUAAUUGUAUGGGCAAUAAAUAUUCAAAGCUAUGCCAUGAAGCUAAGUUCUUUAGAUAGUCAUUGUUACUAACAUUACAUUUUUGAAAUUUUUACAUUAGAUUUUUAUUUUACAUAUGUUCGAUAUAAUUUUUAAGAGGACUAGUGAUUCUGUAGUUAUGGGGGCAAGACAACAAAAAUGCCUUUUAAUAGCAAUGUAAGAACAUUGGUUUAAGAUGUUUGGAUGCUAGAAGAUAUUUAAGAUGUGUGCAUGGUAAUAUUUUCCUUACCAGAUGAGUACAGUUAUUUCUGUACCAGCUAGGGCUUUAUAUCAUUGCCAGUACUUUUCUAGUGAUUUUUCAAUGAUAUAUUUAUCACUAAUAAUAAAGAAGUAUGACAAUGUAAAAGCAUUCAGUUUUAUAAUCCAGAUGUGAUACUCUGGACAAUCAUUUUCAGAAUAAUCUUAGAUUCUUGUCUCUGUAUUGUUUCUGACUGCAUGUUUCUUGAUAAAAAGUUGAUAGGAGUGCUAAUAAAUGUAGGCCUAGGCUCUUCUGGAUUUUCACCCAAAAGCUUUAAGUGCCUAACAGCUGCGUGUUUCUUUCCUAGAAGCUUACACAGACCAGUCCUUGCUAGGUGUUACAUACAUUGCUCCUGUUUGUGGCUGUUCCAUUUAAAUCUGUCAUGUUGUCAAGAAAAACAGAGCAUACUUGUGUCAUCUGUUCACUUAAGCUUGACUCGAGUUGAUCAGCUAGGUUGAAAGGAUAUCACGAAGCGCAUCCCAUGAUGAUGUUACUCAGUCCAGUCCUAGCAGGGGCCACAUGUAUAGUCUUAUAUCAUAGAGCUAACAUUUGGACAUACUACCUUCAGCUGUUGCAUGCUCACUUCUUUACUCUUUAAAAUGUUACGAAAUUUCAGAGGUCUACCUUAUUCCAGAGAGAGAAAUCUAGCAAUUGUCUAUUCCAGAGGGAGAAAUCUAGCUAUUAUUUUGCUGUUCAGCAAUAAUGUCAAAGAAAGGCAAUCAAAUAUUAAAAGUCAUUGAUGUAUGUGUCACAACCCCCCUCGGGAGGGGAGAGGGGUACUUUCUAGGAUGUGCUUUCUAGAAGUAAACAUUCUCAUUUUUUAAGAUCUAAAUCCCUAUAUUUGAGGAGGAUAAUGUAGCAUCUGAUUUUAUAGCCUUGUGUUUCUAUUUUAAAGUAGGUUGGUUUCUCAUAUUGGAAAGAAAAAUGGCUUGAGAUUUACUUUGAAAUUAAGAUGUGAAAAACAGUGUAUGAACCCAGAUUGAUGUCACUUUGGUUAUUUGCGUUAGAUCAGCUAGAAAUUGUCUAUUUUACCUAAGCCACCUUUGUUGACCAUCCCAAUUCCAAAGUGAUCUCCAGCACAUAAAUUUCGCAGGCAUUAGGUGGUUUCCAUGUUGAAAAACCACCGAAUCCACACACAAAAUGCCCAAGAUUUGUUUCUCUUCCUUUUGUAGGUAUUUGCAAUGUACAAAUUAUACAGCUGUGCUACAUCUGGCCAUAAUUAGAUAAUGGUGCCAGAGUGUACUUCUCCAGAAGCCCUCUUUUGUAAUCAUAUUUUCAUGUGUAUCAAUUUGCAAAUUGAAAAUGUUUGUUUUUACAUGACAUCUAUUUUGAAUUUUCAAAGCAUAAAAGAGGCAACUAAAUUCUGAGAU